UAUUUUCUUCUUCGUGAAAGCAACAACACGUAGAAUACGGGACGCAAGAGCACACGAGCGAUGAUAGGAAAAUAUAGAUCCAAAGCCAACAACAUCAGAAGCCGCUAAAAUAACGAGACAUACUGUCCCUAAUUAAUGUGAGUGUCGUCAUCAGUAGAACAUCUCGUUUCCGGAAGUAAAAAAUACAUGUGAGACUGGUGCCAAAGUUUGAAGAUAAAGAAACAACUAUGUAAUGCUCCAACCGUUGUUGUAUUGAGUGAAAAAAGCAGUUUAGAAAAUGAUUAUCUAUUGAUGGUUAAAUUCUCCAUCAUCGUUCCUGUGCUGGCUGGAGUAUUGCAGUUGAUGGCUCAGCGGAAUAAAGUAUCGUGUGAAUGGUUAGCUCAUCUGAGUUUGCCGUGGCAAGAACCACAUUUUCACAGUGUGUAAUCCGUGUGUUAGAAAUAGUGAUGUGCCAUAUUAGUGUAUGUCCAUUAAUUUUCAUCAAUAGAAAAAACUGUUGGUUUAUUUUGUUCAACAUGUGUUGUGUACGGUUGUAGUUAAAAUGAAAAGAUGUUCUAAUUAUUGACAGUUAAAAGUGGCUUCAGCAGUACCAAGGAAUGACCCCGAAACCCGCCCAGUUCUCUAUUCUUGGCUAUUAAAUUGGUUUUCAAUGCUUGGCAAAGCAAAACAAAGCGACAUAGGUAAUAAUAAAAAAACUUUCUAAAGAAGACAAGCGGGGGAUUGUGCAAUAUUUAUGUACAGUGGCCGCCAAGACGGUUUCCGCUGUGGUGGUGGUGUGAUACAGCAAUCUCAUCAAAAAUCCAACCGAAUCGUAAACGACGUACAGAGAACGUUUGGUUUGAUGUGCACAGAAUGCCAAACACAAACGAAAGCUCACAUUCCGGCACGACUACGACGGCGGUUGCAGCGGCAGCAACAGUGGCGGCGAAUGCUGGAGACGACCUCGGCAGCACAGACGAGGUGAAAGUGUUUAAGGACGAAGGCGACCGGGAGGAUGAAAAAGCUUCGUCUGAAAACCUGUUGGAAGAAAAGUUUAAUUUGAUAGAUCUAACGGAAAGCGCAGAGAAUCUGGUGAAAAACUCAUCUGCUCGCCAGGACCUCAGCCCCACAUAUGUGCCCGCGACCCGUUCUCAGCCCACUCCGAACGGAAGUGGUGCAGGGGCUGGCAGCGGUGGUACCAGCAGUGCAGAAAAGCUUAAUUCUCCGGACCAUUCACCCGGUUUCGGUGGGAUGGGCUAUUUGCCACCAUAUCAAUACUCCAGCGGGACAGCCAGUGCAUUACAGGCCGCUGGUUCGAUGGGAAAAGGAGCUUUGGGGUUGUCGCAGUUUUUUUGCAAUGAGGAUGUGCUUUCGAAUCCUCCACCCGCGCACUGUGGCAUUUUGCCCUACCAGCUUGAUUCAAAGGCAAUCGGACUAUCGGCUCGCCAGUCGUUGUAUUCGUUCUCCACCAGCCAGUACCCGUACCCGUCGAUUCUUUCCUCCAACAUGUUACCAGUACCACCGUCAUGGCAUACACCCUCCAUGUACUCUACUGCGCCCAGCUUCCGAAAUUCGUAUCCUUCUUCACUGCAGAUCUACACCACAUUGGCCAGCGAUCUAUACUCGCGCUAUCAAUCCUCGCAGUCGCUGCUUAACUCAGUGCACUCUCACAGCGUGCUUAACCAAAGUCUACAGCAGGUGAAACAGGAAACAGGAGUGAGCUUGGUGGGAGUUGGUGGGAACGGCAUUGGGCAAGAUAUCGGGGUCGGACACAAUUAUAGCGUGCGACAACACGUGCUUAGUCCGGGAAGCAAAUCGACAGGAGUUGAUCUGCCCCAAGAGUUGACAAAUCGCUUUGGUCGAGCACAAAGCGUUGGCAGCACGGGAAGUGGCGGUGGCGGCGGCGGUGGAGGGGGUGGCAGCAGUGCUAUCGGUAACGGGGCUAGUAGUGGAGGUAGUAGUGGGAGUGGUACGGUCAGCGCUGCCUCGAAGAAAAAGUGCGCCUCCGAGCGGUCUCAACAGCAGCAGCAAACGCAACAGCAGAACCAGCAACAGGCAAACCGGCCACAUAUCAAGAAGCCACUCAAUGCAUUCAUGUUAUACAUGAAAGAAAUGCGUGCGAAAGUGGUGGCCGAAUGCACGCUGAAAGAAUCGGCCGCCAUUAACCAGAUCCUGGGACGCAAGUGGCAUUCUUUGUCGCGGGACGAACAGAGCGUUUACUACGACAAGGCGCGCCAGGAACGUCAGCUACACAUGGAAAUGUAUCCCGGCUGGACGGCACGAGAUAAUUAUGGAUACGGUUCAAAAAAAAAGCGGAAAGCGAAAAAGAAGGAUCAACUGGGCAACGAACCCCCGAGCAGGCUUAUCAAAAACGAAACGGGUCGUGCCAUUUUGCGCGUGAUAUCUGGACCAAGGGCCUUCAAAAUUGUACUCUUUGCUCGCCUAACGCCUAUACCCUUCGGCCUGCAAAACACCAUAUUCGGAAUAAGUUCUGUAAACACGCGAAGCUACCACGCAGGGACGGUAAUUGGACUGCUCCCAGCACAAACUAUCAACGUUUAUCUUGGCUCAAAAUUGCGAUCUAUUCAUGAAGUGCUAAAUGAUCACAAUGCUGCCCUUGGUCUGGCUGGAUACGGUGUAUUUGUGGUAGAGGUGAUUGUUGGCGCCGCUCUUAUGAUAUGGGUAAUACAGAAGGCCCGUUUGGAACUUUCAGCGGCGCUGCUUGCUACGGCUGAUGUGAAUUCUGAUGAAAAGAUUUUGAUUGAAAUUGAGGCAUAGUUAUGGCAAAAUGACCGGUAACGGCUCGACUGUGUGCGAGUCUUCCACGCUAGGCUAGUGAAAAACGUCAAUCAGUUGGUAUAUUUGUAUUACUCUAGAAGAUAUCAAUAUUUAUUGGCCGGUCAAAGGCUAGAUUUGAAGGAAUAAAAGUGUGUUAAUAAUCUGUGAGCGCAAUACAUGAAGCAACAGUAAACAGCUGGUGGUAUCUGUUUAUAUAUGUUGAAAAUAUGCAUAGAAGAAAAAAAAGCGUAAAUAAGUAUCUCAAUCGCCAAGUUUACGUCAACCUAGGAUCAGACUGUACACUUUCUCGACUGUUAAUAAGCCGUCCAUAAGCAAAUAUGUUUAUGUUGAAAUAUUUUAAUGCAUUUUACUAUUCAUUUUUAACAUGCUUACGGGGACAUUUUUCCUAGGAUAUUAAAUUUUUGAGAAAACGUGAUUAUUAAAGAAAUUCAGAGAAAAUCUAGUAAGGGUUGUGCAUCAAAUCAAGAUUUGUAAAUAUGGUUUGCAAUGCUUUUGCCCCACGCUAUUUGUAAGAAUCGCGUCUCAAUCAAGUGCUGUUCUAUAUCUAUAUUUAAGCCUAUAUUGGCUCAACCGAUUCUAUUAAAAAAUAUGUUUGUAAGAUUUUUAUUUGCACCUUUUUAACUAGUUAAACCAAAUGAAGUAUUGAAGUGUAGUAGUACACCAGACCACCGUAGGCUAGUAGGUAAUCUCGCAUACACUCUUUAAUGCUAUUUUACGUGUUGUGGCGUUUCGCGUAAUCGGCGGUAAAAACAAAUAUUCUCAGUAAAAAAUAAUUAAUUCGCAGAACAAGCUGGACACGCUUUAAAAAACCUUAUUCCAAAACCCAACAAAUCAACACAUUAAUUAUCCACUAAGAACGAACGGCUGAUACAUCUGCCAUGUCAAAGGAAAAAAAAGGGAAUUCGAAAGACAGUACAAAAACACAGAAACGAAUAUAUUCCAGAACACGUGAAAGAGUAACAUAAAAUCUAGAAACGAAAUGUAGCAUAUUUUGUUUGCUGUCCAAAGUUGAAAUGUAUAAUUUAUUCUUUCCCUUUACCUCCGGUAUUCUUGGCAUACAUCACAGAUCAUAAUAUGAGGAAUGUUAUGUUUCAUAACAGUGGCAAAGAAAAAAACUUAACGUAAAAAUACUUGCACUAUCAACGCUUAGCGUAGGUGGCGUACAUUCGAGUGAUAUUUCCCAAAUUUCGUAGCAGAACACGGUUGAAAAGUCGGCACGUUCGUCUAGCGCGUCGAUCCACGCUUUUGUUUCUUCAUGUACUGUUCGCAGCAGUAAUCGAUAACUGCUAGUGCAUAGUCAGCAUCCGUUCGAGUAACACACAUAGGUGGCUUGAUACGUAGUACCUAUACCAGGGAAAUUUAAAUUUAGCAUAAAAAAAAUGAAAAUUAGUCCCAACCUUGAGAACCUCGGGAAAUUCGUGUUUAAAGCCAAAACAAACGUUAUGGAUUAAUUGCAAUCAAAAGCAUGAAAAAACAUAUUUUGUAAGUGGUACAAAAGAUGAAUAUGUUAAUAAUUAAGCUCACACACACACACACACACACACACACACACACACACACGCAGACGUAAUCUCAAAAUUUUGAAUACGUGUCAACCCAAGUGCUGGAAACUACAGGCUAACAAUACCGUGAUGAUUCUGUUGACAUACGUUCACCCGUGACAAGUAGAUGCUGAUUCUUCUUCAAACAAUUUGGUAAAUAGUCUAAAUUUGCUAGUUAAUGCUCAGCUCUUUUUUCCUAACGUUAUGUGUUUGCAAAGCCAAAUGAUCGUUAAAUGAGGAGCGAAUGAAAUUAAUAUACGCGAACGUUGUUGCAUUAUUUAUUCAGUUAUGUUAAUUUAUUAUUUUUUUCCAUUUGUUAACCAGCUCAUUGAUGCACAAUCCUUAUAUUCCGUUAAUGUAUUGCAAAAAAGAACAUCGAACUGAAACGAUUUUAAGAAUUUUGGCGCACUCCUUCCGAGUGCUUGCUCAAGGCAGUGUCAAGAAUAUGCAAGGCAAAAUCGACGUCCGCUUUUGUUAUGCACAUCGGAGGCUUAAUUCUAAGCACCUGUUGAGUGGAAAGGAAUAACACAAGAUUCAUUUCGUUAGUUUCGAAAUCGCGCUAAAUGACUGGUCAUUUGCUGUUAAAAACAAAAUCAGUUCUGUUCGGAAGGUGAACUGACGAAGAAUACUAAGUGUGUGAAGCUUAGAUAGAGGAAAUAAAAAGAUUUUAAAUAAUAUGAACAA